AUGCUGCUAGAGGAACGCAAUGCUAAUAAGGACGCUGAAGAACUACCGGUUCUCAAGCUGACCAUCGAGCGCUCUCAUGGGCGUCGCUCUCUGGCCACACCUCUGCCCAGACCGCCACAUGUUAUGGAGGAGACUUCUAGACGGGUCGAACAGAGAAUCGGCUGGCGUUUGAGAAAUCACUGCGAGCCGGUCACUAAGGGCGGCCUCGAGGGUAUGCAGGCUAAGCCAGUGGUCCACUAUGGGUUCAUAUGCGACGGAUGCGAGAUGGACCCUCUGGUUGGUGAUAGGUACAAGUGCAACUACUGUGAAGACUUUGACUUUUGUUCGAAGUGUUUCGACAAGAGACUUACAUUGGGCCACAACCCUUUCCAUGGCUUUACGUGCUACAAGUACCCAAGAAGGCCUGUGGGCUGCUGUGCCUCGACACAGUUCACCGCGGCCAACAGUGGCUCCGAUAAGGAUACUAUGACGCCCACUUAUCCACUUGAGGAAAAGUCUGUUGGGGAUGCCCCUGUUACGCCUCCGACCAAGUCUGUUGGGACCCUACCAGAGCGCCAGGCUACUCGAGAUGAGAGCGUCCAGUGGGCUGAUAUGCAGCAUUGUGCCUUCGCUGGCCCUUGGGGUUCUAUGGACAUCUUUGUAGAUGGUCCCACUAUGGCUGCUAAAGUGGCUCGGGCUUGUACUGCCGCCACUGAGGCGUUGACCCAGCAGCCAAGCGCCCCUGUAGUGAAGGAGGACAACUCCACUGUGGAUGCUGGAGUCAACUGGGGCAUUGAAUGCGAUCUCUGUGGAGAGCUACCUAUUGUUGGUCCGAGGUACAAGUGUACGAUCUGUCCGGACUAUGACCUCUGUGAGAAGUGCUACGGAUUCACAAGCCCGUCCAAGUCUCAUGAGCAUCUUAAGGACUCUUUCCGCAAGCUGAGCCCUCAGGAGACCAUCGAUAUACGCAAGAACCCGGAGAUCUGGGCGGCAAGGUGUCAGCCGCCCAAGGGGGCUCCGACAGUUGCAGUUCCCACUGAGGCCAUGGCUGAAGAACCGGAGGCUUGCAGUGAACCAACGUUCGGGCCAAUUGUAUUGAUCCCUUCGGAGCCUGAAGUAGCUGGGGCCGUGGAUAGUACUCAUGACAACCGCUCUGCUAUGGAGUCGGAGAUAGACGAGGAAAUAGAAAUGGAGGAGCCUCCAGUAGAGAGCACUGAUGAUGACAGCAACUCUUCGGCGUCGGAGUCGUCCUCGGAGAGCUGGAUGGACCUUGGAGAAAUGGACAACAUUGAGGACGAUAUCUUGUUCGUUGGCACUCCACGUUCUGAGCAGUUCCAAGUUACUGAAUCUGUGGAGGGGCACAUGCUGGAUGAUGAUGCUGCGGCUGAGGUCCAUAAGACUGAGGAUAGCUCUAUAGCCAGAGAUAGGCUUGUCGAGGCGUUGGUAGAGCAUGAAGUGGUCGAAGACAGAGCGAGAGCUGGUUUGUUGAUCAACCAGAUAACCUCGAGUGAGGAGCUCCGAGGAAUGCUGAGGUCACUCCUGAGCGAGACCCAGUGAUGGUGUCGUCUUAAGACGGUGAAAAAAUCUAGUCUGAAGUAGCUAGCAGCAGCCAGAGCUUCCAUGCAGUGGUUGCUGUUGUUAUUAUGGUGAACAUUUCUGCAUUUCUGAGUGGAGGUGGAGGCGGCAAGUUGAGAGUAUUGAUAUCAUCGUUCACUUUCCCAUUUCAUCUUAUAGAAGUUGUCAAUCCCUUUUGUUGCAUUUUGAUAGUAUGUGUAACGGUGAUAUGCUAGAGAGAGCGUCAAUAUGACUGAUGGCUCUCUCGAGCCUACGGUC